AUGCUCAAAGAUGACACAGAUAAGGGAUUUCUACGGGCCAGGGGUAAACGAUGCGCUAUGACGAGGGGUUGCGGUGCUAACCCGAAGUCUUACAAAUUACACCUUAGUAAUCCGUAUAAGCCACCGGAAGAAAUGCAUUUCAAAUCUGAGGACAACGAGGGACGCAGCUGUGAGGGCGAGGGUCUUUACGAAAAAGAGAACGUGAGACAUCUCUUCCAGGCACAUCUUCCUUUGCCAUUACAGACGGAGAUUCAAUCGAGCUCAAAUUCUACCACUCAAGCCUACGUUAGGACGGUCUUGAAGUACAUCCAGGCUCGUACCUGCAUCGAUUUUAUUGAAGAUGCUACAGCAACGAAUCGUAUAAGAGUGUUCAAUGGAGGUGGCUGUUACUCCAGCCUUGGAAUGGUUGGAGGCGAGCAAGACUUAUCGCUAGCUGGAUACUGUAUCGUUGUGGGCACUGUAGCCCAUGAAUUCACGCACGCUCUCGGAUCACUGCACAUGCAAAGUCGGAACGAUAGGGACACAUAUAUUACAGUCGACACUACUAAUGUGAAGGAAGGCUAUGGGAGCCAAUUCAACAAGGCAACAUAUACAAUCAACAAUACGCCAUACGAAUACGGCAGUGAUAUGCAUUACGGUGCCGACACGUAA